ACAGUAGCUCCCUCUUUACGGAAGAAGAGGAGCCUGCUGUUUCUAUACUUUACAUCUCCUGAUUCAAAGAGCGAACGCUUGUAACAACAAGGCUUGACUAUGUGCAACGAUCUUGGAGAGGGAUCUCGCUGCUGUGCAUUUUAUUCGGCAGUCGGUUUCAUUUUCACUACGGCCGGCAUGGAGCGAGAGCAGCGACCGGAUUGGACGAUCCAGCCAGACGCGUUGACUGUGAAUGAGGAAAACGAUGCUGGAAAUCUACAAAGCCCGGAGGUGGUGGGGUACACGUUUUUUGAUUCCUGCUCAAUGUCUUUAUGGGUCGGUAUAAUGAUACAUACACAGAGCUUUUUCAUUGCGGGUAUCGAUGAUGCCGACAAGGCGCGAGCUUCUGCGUGGGGGGCGACUGGCAUGUUUUUGGCAACCUUUGUCGCAUCAGUUGGUGGCAUCUGGUAUGAUUCUCAAAAGAAGGAGCCGUCGAUUGAAAGCUAUGGAGAGCCAGAAUCAGAAUACCAGCUUCAGCCGGAAUAUGUGCCAAACUAUGGAACGUCAGCGUAAAUGUCGAGACUGUGAACUCAUCAAAAGACAUGUGCUCUUUUUUUCGCUCUCUUGUUAACUUACCGUAAGGGCACAAAGCAUGCAAUAAAGCAACCGUGCGAUACAACUCGUAUGACGCAAUUUUUAAAGGCUGCUGUGGAGUAUGUACUUGUAACCUUGAUCAAAUAAGAAAUUUCUGUGAAGUCUUG